AUGGGCAAUUGCCUUAAACCGAGGGAUCCCUUAGAUGAUAUUCUUCCGAGAGAAAGCGGAAUCGAUGCAUCUGCUGUUAGAGAGGCUAAUCCACCGAUUAUAUGCCUAAUCGGUGGACCAGGUUCAGGAAAAUUAACGCAGUCGUUAAAAGUAAUAGAAAAAUUUCGUUUGGUGAAUAUAAUAAGUUCGGACAUAUUACGAGACGAGGUACACACUAGAUCAGUUAAAGGAGUAGUUUUAGCAAGAUACAUGUCUCAAGGUAGAUUGGUACCAGCCGACGUUUUGAUAGAACUGAUUAAAACGAAGAUGUUGGCACAUAUAAACACGGCCAGAGGUUUUUUACUAGUAGGAUUUCCACGUGAAAAAGAUCAAGGAAAAUUAUUUGAAAGACAAGUGAAACCGUUUGAUCUGUUGAUCUAUUUAUCGGCAAGGAAUUCAGUAUUACGCGAUAGAGUAAUGGCGAAAGCAGUUACGUUGACCGAAAGACUCGAGGCAAGUGAAGAAAAAAUGAAAGAACGUAUAAAAGGUUUUCACAAGAUGAACAAACCGAUAUUACGUUAUUACAAAAACAAACUCGCGGUGAUCAACGCCGAGAACGACGAUGAACUUGUUUUCGAAGAUAUAUGUCGAGUGAUAGAGAAAACAUUGAAAACAAUUUCACCGAAAACGUAA